AUGCAAAGGUCGCCAUCCCCGAUACCUGUGGACGAGGAAGAUUACGAAGAAGGGGAGCUACAGGCGAUGUACGACAAAGCUAUGACAGAUGCGCAACAAGACGUUGGUGAAGGGGACAGUGGGUCUCAAUCACCGAACUCUUACCAUCUCUGUAUCCUCUGUCGACCGCCGGGGAGCCUACCACCGCUAGCGCCUUCGUCGUUCUGCUCCAAUCCUGAAGGAGUGCCUAUUCUCAGCCAGUCUAGGUUUUUCACUUUGAGUGUCCCGAAGGGGCUGAAAAAACAGUUCGCCCCUCCCGCUGUGAUGGAUUUAGCCCAAUCGACACCGUCUGAAACGGCCACGCUGGCUUCUGCCACCCCGGACCCUCAGGUGACGGGCACUGACAUCGAAGGCGACAACGUCGGUUCUCAGGUUGUGGAAUCCAAAGCCGACCAGCCAACUGGGAUGGUAGCAAGUCCCGUAUCGCCUACAGAGCCCACUUCUCCGUCGCCUCCUUCCCAACCUCUUCCCUCGCUUCUUAUGUCGCCCAAACUGCCUCCUGACACAGUCGCCCAGAACACGAAGGAUGAGGUACACAAGGCAACACACCUUACACCAGAUCCAAACCCCUUCCCUGAUAUCAGCUCUCUGUCCACGAAACAUCCAUUAAUCAAUCUAGCGACCCUGAAUGCCAACUCGCCCAAGAAACCUAACAAAACGGCGAAAUUGUUAAAGAGGUUGAUAGAUGAAUAUCGGUCACCCAGCGUUGGGUCGCGACAAGGGACGGUCGAUGCAAAACCUACUGCUACGACCGAAUCACACUCAGAGCAAUCAGAUCCGCCUACUCCGCUGUGCAGUCCACCGAAGGUGUCAACCGAGAGGAUGGAAAAUGAUGUGCCCACCUCUGAGUCCAGUUCCUCUGUCGCAACCUCUGAACCUAGGCAGAAAGCUAAACCUGGGCCUGUUCUUCAAGCUAGUCCAGCGAAAUCCGCAGAUCUACACCGGAGAGACAGCGAACCUGAGAUCGAAGAAGUCGAACUCCUUGUGCAACCGCCAUCGUCAGAUUCUGAUUCCUCGCCUCAGCAUCCCAUCAAGUGCGAUACCACGCCCAAGGCAUCUCCUGAGAACGACAACGGCGCCCAAGCUGAUCUGCAACAGGGGGAGAGCACCGGGUCUACCUCCUCAAUCAGUGCUUCGUCCUCGACCAUUAACAACACUGACGCUGGGAGUUCAGGCACCGGGUCCAGUUCCGAAGAUACGCAAGACGAUUCGCCAGCCCCUGCUACACCUCCGACCACUGGAGAAUUCAAACUUUUAAACUUUGACCUUCGGCAUUUCUUUGGGUUGUCGCCUUCACUGUUCAAGUCGGGAGAUUCCCGUCGCAGUCUUGAUUCUAGCGGGGAUACGAACGAUGUGGAUAUGAAUGUUCUUGAGCUUGAACUUGAGUAUCCCGAUCCGUCUUCGUAGUGGGUUUGUGUCUUUCUCUGUUCGAUGGUCAUUUUGGGAGUUCUCGUUGCUUUGUCUACCAUGCUUUGCUAUGAGGAGGCUAUAUUUGGGUGUUAAAUGUUAUCUUUAUAUUUCACCUUGUACAUACAUGUAUUCUUGCACUCAGUCGUACUCUCGUCUUAGUCUCGGCAACCCAUCCGUUUUCGUCGACAAACCCAAAUCGGGGCUUGCCGGCGUAAACGUCUGGGAUACCACGGUGCAAAAAGCGGGGGGUAUGCUUUCCGCGCGCUUCGGACAAUUCUGACGGCUGAAGUAAGCGAGAACAAUCGCGCUCAGGCAUCC